CCAGGAGUGUUACAACACGUCGCUGGUGUCGGGCCACUGGUGUUUUCCUCGUGUUACCGAGCUCGCUGUGUAAGUAUAAUAAGCGCUACUUUUUAUGCGUCUGAUGAGGGGAGCGUAGCCGUGGAGCAGGAGACGUGAGCCGGAGAGAAAAGGCCAGUGCCAGGCGCAAAGGCGCGUUCCAAACAAUGGCUCGUACUCUCCAGUGGAUGCCACGCGUUGUCUCCAUACUGUUAUCACUGCGUCUCGAGCUGUUCGUGUCGGCAGGCGGGCUGAAGAGUUUUGACCAAGACACACCUGAGCUCACCUGUAGCAAGGGUUUGACUAACUGCAGUGUGGCUGGAGUUGCUCAGUUUUGUCCUAGCCUGCCUGAGCCAUACGGUACUGUGGCGGUUACACAGGUGCAGCUCAAUGUUGUUCUGUGCUGUUCAGACGGACAAAACUGCAGUCUUUGCCUGCAGGUCAUCAUCAGUUUACAAGCUGAAGGAGUGGAUAAUGAGAUUGAUGUUUCUGAGGAGUCGGGUGAUGACAGUGAUGAAGCCUUGGUGAAAGUGCAUUUAAGCACCCCGCCGUCAACUGAAAAAUGUAUAGCACUCCGUUUUAAACAGUCUUCUGAACAGUCAACACAUGAGCUGCACUUGCUGUUGAGAGAAAAAGUGGACUUUGACAUUCCUGUUAUUGUCAGUGUAGACUCAAAUGGAAAAUACAUGCAGCAAAACACGACAACUCCCUCUGAAGACAAAGUUUGCUCGGAUCUCGGGGCAACUAUAAAGGAAUUCCAAGUUCCCAGACUCCAAGCAGUGAUGGAUCACGAGAGGAAUGUCAUCCUUCUGAAACUGGAAAUUACUGAUGGCGGACAAAGAGAUGAAAUCUUUUGGAAGAUGGUUUGGGAAGAAAUCCCUGGAGAAGUUCAUGCAUGGCCAAAAGACAAGAACGAGGUGGUCAUUUCAUUGGACUAUGUUGCACCAUGCCUAUGCUUCCAGGCCGGGCAGAUUGGAAAAACACAAGGAAAAUUCUGCCCCUUCCAAACCCAGCAAGAUGCACUUGAAAGAAUGCAGCACAAUGUGUCUGUGAUUGUGGUGGAGUCUCAGAUGAGAGAUGGUGGCACAGGGCUGAGCUGGAAUGUAAGUACCCCAUGCACACUGGAGGCCGAGGUGUGGCUGUGCAAGAAAGACCUGAUGGGAGGCCAAUGUGAAGAGGUGACGGGCUCCAGACAGAGGCUACAAGAGAGCUGGACUGCAGGACGCAAUUUAUACUGGCAAACAGGAGAAUUCAAUUUGUCACCUCAUCCUCUGCUUUGUGUUCAGAUACAUAUUAAUGGGACAAAGUCACGUUUAGAGCCCCAGUGUCCAUUUGCCACAUCUCGACUGAGAUGGAGCCUGGCACUCAUCAUGGGAUUACUACUCAUGUGUUUGGCAAUACUGGGAGCCUAUUUGAUACAAGGGGUCCUGCAAGGCUAUGUUUGGAGAUGGUUGAAAGACGAGGAUGUCAAAGGUGCUGUGAGUGGUGGUCAUGUGGUGUUGCUGUAUCCACCUAAUGAUAACCCCCACCUGCCAGAAAUUCUAUGUCAUCUGGGCUCAUCUCUCCAGGCCCUGGGCUUCAGUGUGUCUCUAGACCUGUGGAGCCAGACUGAGCUCAGUAUAUUGGGCCCCGUGCCGUGGCUCCACUCACGACUGGACCAACUGCAAAGGCAAGGGGGCAAAGUGGUGCUAGUUCUAACCCAGGCCUCCUGGACAAGGGCUGAAGCAUGGAGAGCAUCUUCUCGCUGUGUGGAUGCUUUUAGUGCUUCGCUGAGCUGUAUUCUAGCAGACUACUUACAGGGCCGUGCAGGUGAGCGAUUUAUGCUAGUGCAGUUUGAAUCCUUCCCACCUGAGCCUCCAGGUAGUCUCCGGCCAUUGCCAGAACUUUUCAGCGGUCUUCAUGUCUAUAGCCUUCCAUCCCAGAGCCUGGGUUUCCUGACUGAACUGGCUGGAGGUCAUCAAAUGGCUACUGCAUCAGCUAGACGGAAACGAGCAGGGGGAAUCAGGAUGGCAUCUCGCACUCUAGCCCAAAGGUUGUCAGCAUUCACAGCAGGGGCGAAUGUAUUACGCCUUGCAGGGGUGCCUCAGAAUGGUGUUGCUAUAGGGACGGAUGACUUGGAGGAAACUGUGCCUUUGCAGCCCAGUCUUAUCACACCCCCAUCCAGCCCUGACACAGAUCCCCAGGUCACGGAAAUGGACUGGGCCUGACAGCAGUACAGCACAGCCAUGGUUCAGUUUUGGGAUGAGCAACAAGUAAUGACACAACCUGAACUGAUGCCGAUGGUGACUUUUGCUUGUCUAAAAAGAUGGACUCCUGGCCUGUUGAAAAAGAGGCAUUAAAAAAAAAACUGUUAGAUUAUUGCUUGACCUGGUGCUGCUCUAGAUAAACAUUAAAAUAUCACCACCUCCGAAAGAAAAGGUGACAGCAGGCACGAAGGUCUGUGGUGACAAUAUUUCAAAAGUAGCAUUGCUACAAAAAGAGACAAAAAUGUGGAGAGAAUCUAACCAGGUGCAUUUAACACCUUUACAACAGUAGUGGCCAAAAGUUUUGAGAAUGACACAAGGAUUGGUUUUCACAAAGUUUGCUGCUUCAGUGUUUUUAGAUCUUUUUGUCAAACAUUUAGAUACGAUAGUGUUUAUUUGUCACAUGCGCAAUUAUACACAGUACAAUGCACAGUGAAAUGUAUUUCGCACAGUGAAAUGUAUUUUUACAUUUUUACGGUAUACUGAAGUAUAAUGACAAGUAUUUCAUAGGUUUCAAAAGCUUUUAUUGCCAGUUAUAUAAAAUUUAUGCAAAGAGUCAAUAUUUGCCAUUCCUUUUCAAGACCUCUGCAAUUCGCCGUGGUGCACUGUCAAUCAAAUUCUAGGCUAAAUUCUGACUGAUGGCAACCCAUUCUUGCAUAAACAUUGCUUGGAGUUUACUUAGUUAUCACUUUUGCCUUAUGGCACAAUGCUCCAUGACACUGGAAAAGGUAUUGUUCUUCACCCAACUUCCCUUGGAUGGUUGGGAGAAGUUGCUCUCGGAGGAUGUUUUGGUACCAUUCUUUAUUCGUGGCUAUGUUCUUAGUCAAAAUUGUGAGAAAACCCACUCCCUUGGAUGAGAUGGAACUACACACAUGAAUGGUCUCAGGAUGACAGAGUGAUCUCUACCCUUGUCCCAGUCAACAUUUUCACCUGUGUUACAGAGAGCAUAACUGACAUCAUAUCAACCUGUACUUGUGUGGCAGGGCUGAAAUGAAGUGGAAAUGUUUUUUGGGGGGAGGAUUAGUUUGUUUUCAUGGCAAAUUGCAGUAUAUGCAAGCAGCAAGCUUUGUGAAAACCAGUACUUGUCAUUCUCAAAACAUUUGGACAUGACUGUACAACUGCAAGCACAAAGUUUGUAAACUUUUUGUGAGGAAUUUUAUGUGUUUACUCGUUGGCCAAGCACUUGCCCCAUUCUUUUGGACAUGGAUGAACGUGUAUUCUGCAACCUCUUUAGAAUUACUAGAAUUUCUGCACUGAUUACUCAUAAAAUGUGUUCUUUAUCUAAGGCACAGUUGUGCUUUCUUUAUCUCUAUUGAGCACAGUCAGUAAUAACUGGCAGAGAAGGCAGAAGAAAGCGAACUCAUACCUUCCUUUAGACAUUUCCUGUAGCUGCUAAUGAGACUUGCACAUUGAUAAGGCGGAUUUAUUUUAAAUAAUUCCUCCCCUUUAAAUUUUUUUUCAUUUCAUUAGUAUUUCUGGAAUGACUUGAAUGCAAAUGGGUUUAGCUCAGGAUCUUGGCAUUUCAAAACAUUAAUUUUCUUCUUUUUUUCAACAAUCAUAUUGUUGACUUAUUUGUCUUAUUGCUUCAGCUAAUCUAUAAUUUUAACUUGGGCUUAUUUUAUGAGUAAUCAGUGCAGCAAGACUAGUUCCGCAUAACUGCAUAUCAAAGCCAUGAAAGUGAUGAAGAAAAAAUAAACCAUAAUGUUGUGUUUCUAACUUUAUAUAUGUAAAUAUAUGUAACCAGUUUGUCCUGACAUGUUCAAUUUGUUUUAUAUUCUUUUCUUUUUUUCUUGUUUGAUUAAGUAGUUAAUGAGUUAAUGUUGGCAUUUGCAGAAUAAGCUCUUUUACAUUUGUUUAACAUGCAUAUCUCUGGAAUCUUUAAGAAUAAAAUAAAAAAUACAUUAUAACAUCUGUUUGCCAGUUGUUGUGAAG